CACCAUCCCCAACGCGGUUCGUUGCAUUUGCGUCACCAGCUUCCGGAUGGCAAAGUUACGCAGCAUCUUCAAAAAACACCUGAUCCCUAAUCUGGAGCGCAAAUGUCGCCUGUGCCUGUCGGAUAAGGAAAUCGUACAGUCAAUAUUUCAGUCGGAAAACAGUAAGGAAACGACCGACACGCUUGUGGAGAAAAUAUUCGAAUGUACCGCAAUUAUGCUCUCCAAAGAUUACGACUUUCCGUCACCCAUAUGCGAGGACUGUGCGUUAAAGUUGGACGAGUUCUUGCUUUUCCGGACGAAAUGUUUGCGUAGUAACGAGAUUUAUCGUUUCAAUCGGCUUCACAAGCAACGGUUGCUCUUCACUAGGAAACCGCCACCGUUGCACGAGGACGGUGCUGCUGGCGAUAAACCGGAUACAGAAUCGACUGCAUCGACGGAUGAACCGGAGGCUGGUGGGGUUUGUAAUGCCGAGGAAGCGGUGGUUCCUCUAGCUUACCCAGUUCCCACGGUCGUUAUUGCUGAGGCAAGUGCAUCGAGUAGCUCCGAGCAAAGUCGCACGGUUAUAGAGACGGAACAGCAUGGAACUGAUGUGACAGAGAUGGAAUCUGCGAUGGCAAACGGUGUAGAGGAGGAACCAGAAGAGGCUUUAUCAUCCAUGCAACGCCAACCGGAUACAGAUACGGAAUGUAAUGGCAAUCAUCGAGGAUCCUCCUCGGGGAUUGAUGAACCAGACGAUGAGCGUAUUCCGAAGUGGAAAGCACCGCCUGAUCCGGACGAUAGUGAAAGCACUGGUAGACUUUCUCCCGCACCUGUGGUACUUCUCGUGGAUGAAACGGACACUACCGUUAGCGAAGCAGAGGAUGGUGAAGAGGUGAUACUUCUUCCUGCCGAACUUCUGGAUGCUUGCAGUACGGGUGAGGAGCAACAAUUCGAAGACAUCGGUGGUGUGAAAUUUCCAAUCGAAACGAUCGAACAGUUAGAGCAGCUGGAACGAUUGGUCCGAUCGUGCGAUACUGCAAGGGAACGCUAUAUAAACAUCCUCCGGCGGUUGAAAACACACGAUACCUCGCUCAGUGACACAUAUCAACGGUUGUUCGCGGAUAGGCUGCUGAUCCACUAUAACUAUGAUGGCAUCUCGCCCAAGUACAACAAGCGACCACUAAAAACGUUGUUACUAUUCACCGAAUGUAUGGCUGUGGCCUGGGAGGACCAUAUGGAUGUCGGUAGGAUAAGAGAAGCUGUAAUAGAGGCUGUGAGAAAAUCCCAUAAUCGUUACAAUCAGUACAACCAUCGUAAGCUACGAAUGGUUAUAGCUGGAGAUCCCCCAUUGAAAAGUGAUUGGCCCAUCGAUGGCCAGAAGGAUGGUAAAGCAACAACUGCCAGCUUGCGUUUGAUCCCAGGAAUCGCGAAAGCCCGCAAUUAG